AUGGUUUCUUUUAGAAAGAUGUGGCAGAGGCUUGUGUCUCCUAAGGCUUCGCGGGAGAGGGGAGGAUAUGAAGCUUACAGCAGUCGGGGGGGGGGCAUCACCAAGGACUUUUUACCUAGCAGUUUGACCUAUGAUAAACAGAAAAACAUCGUGGACAAAAAACACCAUCACGGAGCCCCCGGAUUAAGGGACCGGGUUCCGUUUUAAGGGUUGGGUUAGGGCUUUUAGGCUUGUUGUUUUAGAGUUGACCGUUUUCUUCGUGCCCCGGCCACCCCCCUCCUCAAUCUAGACUUAAGUGGGUUGGCGCUGUUGGCAAAGCGCUGUAAAACACGCCACCCCAAAUAUAGCCCCCAUAGUAUGCGCUACCAAAGACGCGUGACGCAUGGAUGCGUGGAGUGAGGGUUGCUUACGGAAACUUCACAAGUUGAGUGAUGUAGGAGAUUGCCGGACACAUACACGUGUUGAGUGAUUGUAGCUGUAUACUGAAACCCCAUGGGUUGAGUGAGGUUUGAGAUUGCCAGACACAUGGACGGGUUGAGUGGGGAUAGUUGCAUGCUGAAACCCCACGGGUUGAGUGAUGUUGGAGUGCCGGACACAUUGACGCUUUGAGUGAGGAAAGACACAUAUUGAACCUCACAGGUGAUUUGUAUUGGAGAUUGCCGGACACAUAGACGUGUUGAGUGAGGAUAGCUGCAUACUGAAACCUCACAGAUGGAUUGGUUUUUGAGUUUGCCAGACACAUAGACGCGUUGAGUGGGGAUAGCUACAUACUGA